GGAGCUUGUGUUUCUGCGGCCGUGUCAGAUGAGUCUGUGGCUGGUGACAGCGGUGUAUAUGAGGCAUGUGCAAAACCGCCUUGUGAAGAUGUGGCAUUUAAUGAAGAAUACCCAAUGCUUGGGGCAGCUCAAGUUCAGUUAAUUCUGAGAUAUGAUUCAGGAAAUGCCAGCUUUGUGAUCAUCAUUGGCGAGGCAAGAUACCAUCCCUCCCGGGUCCAAUACGAUUCCAGAGUAUAUAUUCGGGUUGCCAUUCUUCCAUCGUCAGGUGACAUGAGUUGCCUCUUUCGGACCAAAGUAUACCCUGUAGCAGAGACAGUGGUGUUUAAUGAGCUCUUCAGAGCCUCUAUUUUACAGAGUGCUCUGCAGCAGAAGAUUUAAGAGUGGAUGUGUGUUCGGCUGGAAGGAUCCAUCGAGAAGAGUGCCU